AUGGGUGUGGCGUUCAGCUCGUUGUGGUCCUCGCUCUUCGGGUCGAAAGAGCUCAAGAUCUGCAUCCUUGGCCUCGACAAUGCAGGCAAAACAACGCUCAUGUACAAGAUGACGCUCGGAUCGGUCGUGUCCACUGCUCCAACUGUCGGGUCGAAUACAGAGCAAUUCGAAUACAAGAACCUCAAGUUCAUGCUCUGGGACGUCGGCGGGCAGACAUCCCUCCGCACCUCCUGGACGUCGUACCUGGCCGCUACGGAUGCGGUCAUCUUUGUCCUGGACAGCAACGACCGCGAACGCGUCAACUUGGCACGCGAAGAGCUGCACCGCAUCGCGCAGGAUGAACAGGUGACCAAGGCGCCCAUCCUGGUGUGGGCGAACAAGCAGGAUAUCAAGGGCGCCAUGACGCCGGCCGAGAUCUCGGAGAGUCUGGCGCUCACGGCGUUCCGCGAGAGGACAUGGCAGAUCUUUGGCUGCUCGGCGUUGACGGGCAAAGGGUUGACUGAGGGGUUGGAUUGGCUAGCACAUACGUUGGGGGCAAAGGGGUGA